AUGCCAAUCACUGCUUUCCUCGAUGUGCUAUGCGUGCCACCGCUUUCCUCGAUGCUAUCAGGUCACAUUCUUUGCUCUCUGCUCUACGUUCUGUAUGACCGCUUUUCAACUGUGCGACAAUCUUGGACAAUGUUAUGUCACGGUUAUCUCAUCUCAUAUAUCGCAUGCAUGCGUUCCCGUCUAGUUACAGCACAGUCGCUUUCGAGUUCUGUUCUCUUUUCGUAUGUUUCAUCUGGUCCUUUUUCGUACUCUGUUUGUUGAUGGGCCGAUGCGAGUCUACAUCAUGAUGGAUAUCAUAUUUCUAGUAUCAUAUCAUAUACGUACUCCUUUCCCUCCUCUUAUCUUUCUCUUUCUCAUGGCCUAUCUCCAUUCUUUUUCGUUCUCACUUCUCUUUAGGUGCUCUGUUAUAUAUAUAUAUGUACUUAUAGUUAUAGCUUUUUUUUUUCGCAGUAGAAGCCUAAGUUUACAUGUUUUUAAAUCCUUCUGUUCUGGACCACUACUGCCAGUUCUUCUUAUUUCUAAGCCAAGUCUUAAGUUUUCAACUCAGAACUU